ACGUGACUGUUUCAGCUAAACCAUGGCAGCCGACAACCUCCCAUCUGAAUUUGACAUUAUCAUCCUCGGGACAGGCCUUACUGAAUCUGUCAUUGCUGCUGCAUGCUCACGGGUAGGACAGAGAGUUCUACACUUAGACCGGAGAAACUACUAUGGGGGAAACUGGGCCAGCUUUACGUUCAAUGGCCUGCUGUCAUGGAUUGAUGAGUACAAGGCACAGCAAGAAACUCCAAGCACCAAGUCAGAACAGGGGUGGAACGAUCAAAUCACGGAAGAAGAGGAGGUGGUUUUUCUCAGCUCUGUAGACUCUUCCAUCUCCAAUCUGGAAGUAUUCUCUUAUGCCAGCGAAGAGUCUGAGGACGAGGAGCAACUGAAGGUUCCUGUGGAAACUAUCUUGCUCAAAGCAGCUGAGGAGAUAGAUAACUGCCAAACAGAAACUCAAGAUGUGGAUUCUUUCAGUGCUUGUGCACAAGAUGAUGCUGAUACAAAGAAUCUCGGUGUGAAUGAGCAAAUGUAUAAGAGCCAGGAACCCUGCCAAUUAGAGGAAGGCAAAAAAGAUGAGCAGCCAAUAGGAAGCCAAGAGCAAGCAGUAGAAGUGAAAAAGAAAAUAACAUAUGCAAAGCUACUGAAGGAGGGGCGCAGAUUUAACAUCGAUCUUGUAUCUAAGUUGUUGUAUUCCCGUGGCUUACUGGUGGACCUUCUCAUCAAGUCCAAUGUCAGUCGUUAUGCUGAGUUCAAGAACAUCAGUUGCAUCCUGACCUGUCAUAAUGGCAAAGUAGAGCAGGUCCCGUGUUCGCGUGCAGACGUAUUUGGCAGUAAGCAGCUGACAGUGGUGGAAAAGCGUAUGCUGAUGAAAUUCCUUACUUUUUGCCUGGACUUUGAGCAACACCAAGAGGAAUUUCAAGGUUUUUCAGAGAUGCCAUUUUUGGAGUUUCUCAAACAUAAGAACCUAACAGAGAAUCUACAGCAUUUCAUUUUGUACUCCAUUGCCAUGGUGAGCCAAGAUGCUCCAACCAACAGUGGCCUGAAGGCUAUGCAGCACUUCUUGUGUUGUCUUGGUCGCUAUGGAAAUACACCCUUCCUGUUCCCCCUUUAUGGCCUAGGUGAAAUCCCACAGUGCUUUUGCAGAAUGUGUGCUGUUUUUGGAGGCAUUUAUUGUUUGAGGCAUUCUGUACAGUGUCUGGUUGUGGACAAGGAGUCGGGCAAGUGUAAAGCUGUGAUUGACACACAUGGACAGCGAAUUAGUUGCAGCCAUUUUGUGGUGGAAGACAGCUACCUUCGAGAUGAGCAGAGAAUGCAAACAACAUACAAGCAGAUAUCCAGAGCAGUGGUCAUUACAGACCGGUCAAUUUUACCUGAGUCUGAUCAGCAGAUUUCGUUGGUUACAGUGCCUCCUCUUGAGCCUUCCUCUCCAGCUGUAAGGAUGGUGGAGCUCAGUUCCGCCUCCAUGACGUGCAUGCCUGGAACCUAUCUGGUCCACCUGACCUGCUCGUCAUCAGGCUCAGCUCAUGAAGAUUUGGCAUCUGUUGUUUCCAGGCUCUUUUAUGUACCCAGCAACUCCACAGAGGAAUUUGUACAAGGAUCAGAGAAGCCUGUGGUAUUGUGGGUGCUGUACUUCAACAUCCGGGAUACAUCUGGCCUUGACAAAAGCAGCUACAAUCUGCCAAGUAACGUCCAUGUGUGCACAGGCCCUGAUGACGGCUUGGGCAGUGAUUACUCUAUUAAUUUGGCUGAAUCAGUGUUUCAUCAGUUGCUACCUGAUGAGGAGUUCUGUCCGCCUGCUCCUAACCCUGAGGACAUCAUAUAUGACAACGAUCAAGGAGAAAGCACCACCUUUGAGAGUGACAGUCACAAAGAAGGGGAGGUUAUCGAGGGAAAGGAUGGGCCUCAGAAAAACGAGCAACAAUCAUGUAGCUCCGAACCUGCAGAGGGGACAGAUAGUGCUAGUCAGGAUAUUAUAACUGAAUGUGAUAAUCAAAGCCUGCCACUGGGGAAUAGUUCCUAAUAAAAAUGACUGUUUGUUAAAUCUUACACAAGUGACUGUCAUCUUCUGGCCUGGGAUCUACAUUCUUGCAUAAUUUAGCAUUUAUUUUAAGCAACAACAAAAAAAUAAAAUGCUUAAAUGCAAACAUAGACUAUGCAGGAAUCUAGCAUUUCAAAAGAGAAGUGUUUCAACUUGUACAGUAUGUAACACUGUUCUGGCCUUGGUCUUCUUUGAAGUAAGAUGGAGGAGGGGGUGGAGGAUGUACUAGUAUUUUAUUACUAGUAUGUUUCCAUUCUGCUGCAAAAAAAUAUUUAAAAGCAAAAAAAUGGAUUUCUGUUAUUUCUCAAUACCUGAUGUAAGACUUUGUUAUAUACAUACAGUAUAUAAUGUAGAAGACACACAUCCCUUAUCUGAUAUGAACAGGUCUGUGUACCUGAGAAUAUUGCUUUGGCCCUGACCAGUGUUGGAAUAAAUAUCUAAGAGCAUGCAGCUAAAAAGCCACCUACCUUAAAAUGAAAUGUUGGUAAAUAAAUAAUGCUUGUUUUGUUCCUGA